AUGGGGGAACUCUGGAAGGCCCUCCAAGGUAUGGAGCUGGGAAAAGCACCAGGGAUGGAUGGCCUGCCAGUCGACGUCUAUAAGUCAUUUUGGUCAGAGCUUGGAGAAGACUUGCUGGAGGUACUGAAUGACAGUUUAGCCGGAGGGCUAUUGCCGUUGAGCUGCCGCAGAGCAGUCUUGACUCUCCUACCCAAGAAGGGUGACCUGACGGACAUCAAGUGCUGGCGGCCGGUCUCCCUCCUGUGCAGUGACUACAAGCUGCUCUCUAAGGUUUUAGCUAAUCGGUUGGCAGAGGUUAUGGACAAGGUCAUACAUCCUGACCAGACAUACUGUGUCCCUGGUAUAAUGAACGGCUCUGAUAAUCAGCGUCUCCUGGACAUGGUGAAGGCGUGUGUGCACUCUGGGAUGUUCGUGGCUAUAGGCGUGUUCACGUACGUGAUUGCGGUGACGGUACACGGCUCGCCGCAUCUUCGCCGUAACGCUCACUACCUCCUGCUGCUGCAGCACUGCGUCUGCCUCACGGGCUUCAACGCAGCGGGCGGCGUGUUACACGGCCUGCGCGCCCUGCGCCUCCCCGUCCCCCGCCUCGCCUGCUGGAUCCUGUUCGACCUGCAGGUGGUGAUGGCGCGCGGCCUCACCUUCACCCUCACCCUCAUGUGCAUGUGCACGUGCCUCUCCGUGUGCUGCCCGCUGCGCUACGAGGCGCUGGUGCGCUCCCUGUACCGCUGGGUGAUCGUACUGACCUGGAUACUGGCUCUGAUAAAUCCCGUGGUGUUCACGGCGUUGGCGUGGGCGCAGCAGCCGUGGCGCUACAUGAUCGCCCCGGACACGGCGUGCUCCACAGCUCUGGAGGGUAAAGCCUGCAUCAUCAGCUCGCUCCUGCUCCUCUUCCUCAUGGUGCUGCUUAUUUUCAGCAGUUACAUCCUCAUCUGUCUGGAGGGUCACCACGCCGGUCAUUUCUCUCAGUCCAACAGUAAAGGACGACGCACCAUCCUCAUCCACGUGCUGCAGAUCAGCCUGCACAUCUUACCCACCUUCAUCAUCAUCUCCCGCGUGCACCAGGUGCUCGUCAUCGCGAUCAUCACCUUCCUGAUCUUCAGCAUCUCGCAGUUUCUCAGUCCGGUCAUUUACGGCCUGCGGUGCAACGAACUCAACAAGGAAAUCCCGCAAUUCUUCCCACGCUACUUUAACAAACGCACGACCCUGGAGCCCGGCGCGAGCGUGGAACGGCGUGGAAGCACCGGGACAAUCACCAGCACCUCAGGAGCAGUGAGCAGCACCGGAACCGGGAACGGUACCGGAACCGUUACUGUCCACGUGUCCGACAGCGAUUGGGACGACAAGAACAAACACGAUCAUGAGGAAAAAACAAUGUGA